AUGGAGCAGCAGCAGCAGCAGACCAAGGAGACGCCUGUGGAGCAGGAAGAUGGUUUUUUUGCAGAAUCAAUCUACCGCCUAGUGAGAGAGAAAUACUCCCAGCUCAGUGACGGCUGCUCCUCUUCCUCUCACGGCCGUUACAAGGUGCUGGCCGGCAUCGUAAUGACCCGAGAAUUUGACCUCGGAUCAGCCCAGGUUGUGUCUCUGGCCACGGGGACAAAGUGUUUGGACUCGGACAGACUGAAUGAAGACGGAUGGACUCUGAGAGAUUGCCACGCCGAGGUUCUCAGCAGACGGGCGCUGGUUCGGUUCUUCUACUCUCAGCUGGAGCUGCUGCUUUGUGAGCAGCGAACGGAGGGGCAGGACCCGUCGAUAUUUGUUCCAGAUAAAGACUCGACUCACCGUUUCCGACUGCGGGAAGGAAUCCGAUUCCACAUGUACGUCAGCUUGUCGCCGUGUGGAGACGCUCGACUCAACUGCCCGUACGAAACCGCACCCGCAUGUGAGAAAUCCCAUAAAACCCAUUAAGAAAAGGAA